ACUUAUCGAUGUUGUAUAUCGAUAGCCAUCCCUACAACUGACUCAGAUCGACUUGGUGGCUGACUUUUUCUACGAAAAUUUUGUUAAUACUACUACGUUAAUAAUUGAAUUUAGUGCUAAGCGAAACCAGAUUAAAAAGUGCGUGCAUCGAUAUAUAUAUGAAAAAAAUACAAAGUGCAACGUGUACAAUAGAAGCCGCAUAAGUAACACGCCCCAAUAGCAAAACAAUAGGUGGGCGAAAGAGAGAGAGAGAGAGUGAACAAGAGAGAGGCGAGGAGAGGUCAGCAAACUCGCAAUUAAGAAAAAGUCGACACGUACAAGAGUUGAAACCGUAGCAGCAGCAGCACAAAACCGAAACAGAAAUAAGUAAACAUGUCAUCCGGCGAUUUUGGCAAUCCGUUGCGCAAAUUCAAAUUGGUGUUCCUUGGCGAGCAGAGUGUGGGUAAAACGUCGCUGAUUACACGCUUUAUGUAUGACAGCUUUGACAACACCUACCAGGCGACAAUUGGUAUUGAUUUUCUAUCUAAAACGAUGUACCUGGAGGAUCGGACGGUGCGAUUGCAAUUGUGGGAUACAGCCGGUCAAGAGCGAUUCCGUUCGCUAAUACCCUCCUACAUACGCGACUCGACAGUCGCUGUUGUUGUCUAUGAUAUCACGAAUACAAACUCAUUCCAUCAGACCUCCAAAUGGAUCGAUGAUGUUCGUACAGAGCGUGGCAGUGACGUCAUUAUCAUGCUCGUUGGCAACAAAACGGAUCUGUCCGACAAACGUCAGGUGUCCACCGAAGAGGGUGAACGCAAGGCGAAAGAUCUAAAUGUGAUGUUCAUCGAGACCAGCGCCAAGGCCGGUUACAACGUGAAACAAUUAUUUAGACGUGUGGCAGCUGCGCUGCCUGGCAUGGAUUCAACGGAGAAUAAACCUUCGGAAGAUAUGCAAGAGGUUGUGCUUAAGGAUUCGCCCAAUGAGACUAAGGACCCCGAAGGUGGCUGCGCCUGCUAGAACUGGCCAAUUACCCAAACUAAUCCUCGAUCCAAAAACCACAACUACAACCACCAGCCUCCUUUUACCCGCACACUGAACUCCGCUACGACCUCGACAACCUUCGCACUUUGAUACACGCUGGCACAACCAGGUGUGUAGACCAGGUGUGUGUGGGCAACGGGCUUCAGCAACAACAAGAACAAUGAUGAUAAUGAUGAUGAUGAUGAUGAUGCUUAAAAAAGAUUGAAAAAAUAAAAGAAAACCUAAACCAGGCUAAACAUGAGAUGCACACAGAUAAACACACGAUUUUAUGUUUAAGUUUAUUUAUAUAUACAAGAUUAAAAAGGAACAUAACUUAAAGAAAAACGUAUAAAACGAAAAUGAUAGCAAAACAUAAAUAGACUAAAAACUAAUUUAACGCAAUCGGCUAAAUAUGUACGUUAAAUCAAAUUGCAUUGCAAUAUAAGUAAGCGCCUAGUCCUAAUCCAAGCUAAAAUGAUGAGUUAAGCUAUGUUCAGACGUGCCUCGGCCGGGGCCUUAACAAACAUUCAGUAUAUUUUAACUAGUUUAUUGUAAAAUGUAGCCUGAACCUAAAACUAAUGACAGCUACAGUGGUCGCUCCCAAAGUAAAACAUUCAUUUUCUAUACAAAACUCAAAUGCAUGAGUAAAUAAUAUGACAAAAAAAUGUGAAAAUUAUCCAAAUUAAUGAAAUUGAUUUAAACUGGAGUGUAAUAUAAUGUGCUUGCUAACAACUACAGUGAUCGCUCGUUAAUUUGAACAGUUAACGUUUAAAGCUAAUUUUUAUUUGCUAAAAAAUAUUCAGUUAUCAAAAUACGAAUACAAAAUAUUUGAAAACGAAGAAGAGCUAAAACAUCUCGCUUUACUGAUAAGAAAAUAAGGUUUUGUUAAUCUUUAUUGCUCAGCAGUUUGCCGUAGAUUUCAAUGUAUCUAACUUGUACUACAGUAUGAUAUGAUAUAUAUAUUUAUUUUGUAUACCAUAGUAUAUCAUGCAUACUAUAUAUAAAUAUCAUACUAUAGCAUUUCCCUAGCCUAACUGGCACGUGUGAACACAGCUUAACCUACUCUCUCUCAUAACUUGUACUUACACAAAAAAAUUAUAGAGAAAA